AUCACCUCUUCCACCAAUGCACUAAUGAGACAAUUUUGGAAGCUGCUCCAUUUCACAGCCAUGACUGCCCUGGUGCUUGCCAUGUCAUUCGUGUCACUUACUACAGCAGUAUCUGUGCCUUCGGAUCAAAUAUUUCAGUAUAUUGAAGAACAUCAAAAUGAAUACGUGCAGAGACUCAAAGAUUGGGUGGCCAUAGAAAGUGUCUCCACUGACCCUGAAAAGAGACAUCUGGUUAUAAACAUGAUGCUUUUGGCAGAAGAAAGGAUAAGAAAGUUAGGUGGAACAGUUGAAAUGGUAGAUCUGGACAUGCAAGAGCUACCCAAUGGAAACAAAAUCUCUUUGCCACCAGUUAUUCUGGCAAACAUUGUAAAAGAUCCAAAAAAGCCUACCGUUUGUUUUUAUGGGCAUAUGGAUGUGCAGCCGGCAAAAAUUGAGGAUGGAUGGUCAACAGAGCCUUACAUUUUGACAGAGAAAAAUGGCAAUCUCUACGGACGAGGUGCAUCUGACGACAAAGGACAAGUUCUGGCUGUGCUGAAUGCAAUUGAAGCACUUCAAAAACAUGAACUUCCUGUUAAUGUAAAGAUUCUGCUUGAAGGUAUGGAAGAAGUAGGGUCCAUUGGGCUAAAUACGCUAGUUAAACAGAGAAAUAGUACAUUUUUUUCUGAUGUUGAUUACAUUGUGGUCACUGACUCUGCAUGGCUCAGCAACAAACCUGGUAUUACAUAUGGGACAAGAGGAAUCUGCUACUUCUUUGUUGAGAUAGAAUGUGCUAAACGAGACUUACACUCAGGGAGCUUUGGAGGAAUAUUACAUGAAGCAAUGAAUGACUUAAUAUUUCUGUUAAACACUCUGGUAGAUUCCUCUGGUCAUAUCCUGAUCCCUGGAAUUUAUGAAGCAGUAGUUCCUCUCACUGAAAAAGAAAAGAAACUCUAUGAAGGAAUUGAAUAUGACCUGGACCAGAUUAUGGCCAAAUAUGGAUUAGAAGAGUUUCGUAACAAAACUAAGGAAGAAUUAUUAAUGCAAAGAUCACGCUAUCCAUCUCUUUCCAUCCAUGGAAUCGAAGGAGCUUUUUCUGCACCUGGAGCUAAGACUGUGAUCCCUGCAAAAGUAACUGGGAAGUUUUCAGUAAUGCUGGUGCCGAACAUGGAGCCCUCUGUAGUAAAGAAACAGGUGACUGACUAUUUGAACAAGAAAUUUACAGAACUCAACAGUCCUAACAGCAUUAAAGUAACCAGUGACACGGGAUCAAAGCCCUGGCUGUCUGACAUAAAUGAAACUCAGUAUUUGGCUGCAAGGAAAGCAAUUAAAAGAGUGUUUGGAAAAGACGCUGACAUGAUCCGUGCAGGUGGAACAAUUCCAAUUGCCACACAUUUUCAGGAGGUGACUAGAAAGAGUAUAAUGUUACUAGGAAUAGGAGGACCUGACGAUGCUUCCCAUGGGCAAGAUGAAAAGAUCAGCAGGUACAAUUUCAUUGAGGGAACAAAACUAUAUGCAGCUUUCCUUCAAGAACUUGCUACUGUCUAAAGAAAAAAGAAUAUGCCUUAGUAAACCUUUGUAACUAUCCGUAUUUGCUUGUUGGAUAAGCACAUAUUACAGAACAUAUUGGAUUAUCCUGAGUUCCUUUUUUCAAAAUUUUAAUCUUAGUUUUAAAAAAGAAAUUGAACAUGAAAAAACAAACACAAAAUAUCUGAUAAAGAACGCAGUACAUGAUAUCACUAUUAUCCCUUUUAUAUUGCUUCAAAACGAGAUUACUAUACAUGAGAAAAUAAUUCACCUUCUCUUAGUAAUAGCAAUGACUUUUUUUUUUUUGACAAAUAGCAUUGGACUCAAAUGGAAUGCUUAAUAUCAGGUGCUGAUCUACUAACUGAACAGAACCUUCAUUUUUCUGAGAUUUUUUAAUGUAGCCCUGACUGAACUUGUCUUUGAUUGAUGAGCUUAGCCCAAGUAGCUUAAACAAAUACGUAUUUUAAACCAUUAACUUUAUAACAUGGCUAAAAGAUAAAUUUACGUACAUAACCUUAGGAUGGGAUUAAGGGAGUUGAUUAUGCCAGAUCUCAAGGAUAUACACUCAUUCAGCAGUACACCAAGCUAUCCACUUCAGGCUUAUUGACUUAGUAUAUAAUGUUCAGCAUAAAAACCUAGGCCAAAGAAAAAUUUCUCAUCCUGUAGUGCCUCUGUCCAGAAGUUCUGGUCGGUAUGAAUUUGUUUGCUAUCACUUUCUCUGUUUA